AUGCCGAUCUGGCUGCAGACACCACCUCGGAGCAGCUCAGCACUCCCCAGUGAAUGUUGGAAGCUUGUCUUCUCAAGGGCCACGGCCAGCCACAUUAAGGAGCCUCUCCGACUUCCGACCUGUUCGGAGAUCUUCAAAGGUCCUGUCUUGCUGCCGUGUGGUGGCAGCUCGGCGGUGGUGGGAGGAGAAAGGAGAUCCAUCGCGUCCAGUCUGUGGGAGAAGGUGCAACCUUUGAACUUGGCACUGAGGAAUGUGUGUGAGGCCUUUACACAAGCCUCAGUGGAGUCCGAGGACAUCUGCAGCUUGCGCGAGGAAAAACUGAAACUUGGACCACCAGGAGGUCGUGAGCCUCGUCUGCAGAGAGACAACUGCAUUGAACACGCAGAGUCCAUCAAGGUCCAGAGGGAGAAGGUUGAACGCAAGAUUAGGAAGGAUUUCGAGGAGCUUUGUGGCUUCCUGCAGGUUGAGGAGGAGGCCAGAUUGUCUGCUGUGAGGGAGGAAGAGCAGGAGAAGAGUCAGAGGAUGAAGGAGAAGAUGGAGGCUCGCGACAGAGACGCGGCCGCGAUCGGAACCACAGGGAAGCAGAUCCGAGUUCAUGUGGACACGACCGAAAGAUCCAUUUCAUUCUCUGAAUAUCAUCUCGCAAACACCAGAUUAGGCAACAUGGACCCUUCCAUUCACAACAUGAAAAUGUUUCCUCACUUAUGCACAAUGGAUGAAAGUCCCCUGAAUAAUAAUCAUUCCACUUCCACUGCACCACGCUUGCCCCGUGCCGAGGGCCAACCGGCGACAACUUGCGGCACGUGCUCAAAUUAGCGGCUAACUGGUGAAAGGCGCCGUCGUUCACAGCCGACGUGAUGGCCGUACGGCCUCCGUGCAGUAGAGCGCACGCGGAGUGCAGGCGUCCGACGUCGAGGCGAGCGCAAGCCAUUUAAUCCAGGCGGGAACCCGCGGAGGCGUCGACGCGACCGGCAGCCGCUCAAGCCCCAAUCGCCGUGAAAAUGUCCGGAGCGUGACGUCAUCCACGCAGCUAAUUGGCAGCUAGCCUUUCAACUUGAGCGCGUGGCAUUAGAUAGCCGUUCAGAAGUAAAAGAAGUGACGGGGCCCCUUGGCGCCCCCCUCUGGCAGUGCUAGUCGCUGAGUGCACCUGCGUAUGGGAAAGGGAAGAAAACAGGAUUUGAAAGUCUAACAACAUCCUCUGAAGACACACACGUGCACACACACACAAUAACAACAAUACACACAGAAUUCCCAUCCAUUCAUCUUUUUCGUCACUUCCUGCUUCCUUCCGUCACCGAAAUAGUCGUCGACGACAAAAGUGCUGAGUCAGCUUCUCGCCGCGACUUUGGGCAGGAAAUCCCCUCAAAAUAAAAGUGGGAAAAAAUAUUGUGGAAAAGACUCAUCAUCAUGUUAUCAGGUCGCCGCUAAUGUUAGCAUAUUGUGUUUUUGGUCCGUCAGUCAUCAGAAGCGACACCGUGUGAACAAUUACAAAUGUAGCCGUUAACUUAUGACCCUUUUUCUUUCGGAACAAAACGUCCACUCCGAUACACUCCAAUGGAUUCACGUAAGCCACUCAUUUCCACCAUUCUGAUUGCACUUUCCGCGUUAGAUGUUUUUGUCAAUCAGCCUAAUAAUAAGUAUUUAGCGUGCGUAUGUGUGUACUGUGUGUGUGUGUGUGCAGUUUUCCGCCAUGUUGUUGUUGCAGUUACAGGAAAUAGAAGUUGAUGAAGUGUGUGUGUGCGUGUGUGUACGUCCAGCACUCGGCUAGUAACCUUUCCGCGUCGUCUUCACACUCCAACGCUUCCUGUCUGAGAGUCACUUCCUGUUUGCGAGUCCCUUCCUGCACGGCGUUGUGUGGCGAAGUUUCACACGCUCAUCGCGGCGCGUAAAGUUACACGAAGGUUGACAGCGUUCGAAUGGCAUCUAUGGAUUUAAACGUCAACUAUUUCAUUCUCAUUUGUGGCUCGCACUGCAUGCUAAUGCUAGCAGCUAAGUGAUGACACACGUUAACGUUAACGGCUAGCAAACUGUCACCGGUCAGCCUUGGCACGUUAGUUAUGUGUCAACGGUUUAGCCGCUAUCGUAAGCACGUGUCGAGGGUUAGCCGCUAACGCCAGCGUGUCGUCAGGUUGUCAGUAUGUUUUCGUAGGUUAGCCGCUACCGUUGGCAUGUCGCCAGAUCAGUGAGCAUGUCAUUGGUUAGCCGCUAAGGUUAGCGUGCAGUGUCAGUCAGAUCAAUUAGCACGGUUCAUCAGUUAGUAGCUAACAAUGCAUGUUGGAGGUGUAAAUGCAAAUAAUGAUAACAAUGUUAAUAUAUUUCCAGUAUGUGCUGUAUUUAUAAAUAUCCAUUUGGAGAAGAUCUCCUCGGAAACCACAAGGUGUGUGCGUGUUGCUCGGUUUUGUUAGUCCGGAAAUAGCCCGACGGCGCUCCUGUUAAGGCCACCCGCCUCCAUUUUGAAGCGCUGCCAUCGUUAACAUCAGCCGAGGGACUUGGAGCAUCGUCGUUAGUUUUGGGUCAGCGCGUUCACCGGGAUCAAACCGAAGCGUGGCGGCUAAUUAUAAACAGGAUGAGGAUGAGGACGGCCUCCGGAUUUGACCGCACGCACGCAGGAAGCGGAUGCUAGACCCAGGAAGUUCGAGUCAACGGGACUUGGGAGUUCAGAUUCGCUCGGACGGGUCACGACCCUCAAGGUGAGUAAAACUGCCAUGUUUGUUUAGGAAGUCAUCGAGAAGGCUCCUCGAGAACUGAAAACAAAAUGAGAACAAGAAUGAUAAACAACAACACAAGAGCAAGAACAAAAACCGGAACGAGAACAAAUAUGAUCAAGAACUGCAACAAAAAACUCAGAUGAACCAGAAUGACAGAACAACAAACAAAAGCAAACAAAAGAGAGAACAACACCAGAAGAAGAACAAACGAACACAAAACGAAAAUCAACUAGAACGAGAGCAAAAAACAAAACCAGAAAAAGGUUGAG